AAUUUAUCGAAAAUGAGCACCAAAAGCUGGUCUGGAGCUGCUUUUGGUGAAAUCAAAAAUGAUUUAUGCAAGGUUAAUUUUGAGGCACCUGAGCACUAUGCUAAAACCCUGCAGAAAUUAAACUCUAAAAUCAUUUCUACUACCAGAAAUGAAAUCAAUUUGGAGUAAUUAUGAAACCCCCUACUAGUAUUUUGAGUUGUUUGAGUGUGCAUGGCGCCUGCUGCGUUUGAGUCAGUCAAUCUGCUGGACUCGUUCACGAAUCACGAAUGGUUGCACAGCCUUCGAGCCAAGGUCGCGAUCUGGCAUUUGAGAGCCCGAUGAGAGUCGUGCAAAAGUCACCAGGUCAAAAUUGGAUAGCAACGCGUCUGGCCAUCAAUUGUUUGAUGCAUGAUCCUGAUCGCAGACGUUUGACUGGCACUGCCUUGAAUUCAGACUGCGACGAUUUUUCUUUAGGUCCGCCUCCAUCACCCCGCAAAGUAGACUCUUUUUGAUUUGAAGGACUAUCUGGCUGCGAAUUCAAGAGCAGCCAUUGCACCAUCCUAUCAGCAUCGCUCCGCCUUCGCGUUGCGAUCUCGAGGACCUCGAGGCCUUUCGGACAACAGGCAGACGUAGUCUUACCAUGGCGCGGCCCCACUUGAGAAGUGUACAUGGCUGAAGUCAAUGGAUGCUCGAUGCGCAACCUUAGUCUUCGAGACGAUCGCGCCUUAACACCAAAGAGCACCGUGGAAUAGAUGACGGCAAUGGUACGACCUUCUCAUCGCGGCAACACGAACCCUCU